AUGCUGAACACAUUUCUUAAAGUUAGCAUUUUUAAUAUAUUUUUGAAAUAUAUUUUAUGUGAGAAAAAUCUGUCAAAUGAGACACAGUUAAGCAGAAAAUGUUCUAACAAAUGAGAGAUUUCAACAAUUUAUAACAACAUUACUCAGAAUAUGUCACUGUAAGUUAUUAAGUGUAGAUAGAUGAGAAAAACAGUGCCAGUUUUGGUCAUUUAACAUGCCAUUUUCAAAAUGAAAUGAUGCUGAGAAAUUUUAAAUAGUUUUUAAAGGCAUUCUAGAAUUCAUGCCAAACACAAAAACUCUGAGUGGAGACACCAUUUCAAUGUAUUUUAUUGAGUUAUUUAUUCGUUUAUUGAGUAGUUUAGUGAAAGCAGCUUCACACCAAACUCAGAGACAUCCACAUUUCAGCAAAAUCUAGAUAACCAAACUUUUGUGAAGUAAGUAACUCCUCUCUUCUGUUUAAUGAAGUAAACACUUUGGAGUUUCUGAGGAAACAUCCAUGUAGUUUUGCUGCAGUACUGUCCAAUAUGUCUUAUAACACAAUUCAGAACAGGUUGUAACACUCAGUGCUGUUGUUUUAUGAUAAUUGGUUCAAUAUUUAGCAAAUAUGAUUGAAAACUGAGAUCACAACAGCGUGGUAGAUUACCAAUGGUUUAACAAGACAUCCAUAGAUUAUGGUUCUCUUUUGUGUCUGUUUCACUUUCAGUCUUCUGGGACAAAACAAAAAUGUACUUUCAAAGUUCAUCAUCAUCCUCAUCAUCAUCCUCAUCCUCAUCUUCCUCCGAGGGGAGUUCCUCAAGGCAGCGUUCCGAAGUCCCAACAGGCUACACGGUGGUGAAAGAACUGCGAGAUGGAAGCUAUGGAACAGUGCUGGAAUGUGUGAAAGACAACACUGAAGAGCACGUGGCUAUAAAGGUGCCCCAAAGGAACAAUCUUGACCAUGAGGCGAAAAUCCUGAAAAAGCUCAUGAGCCACAACUCAAAGGAGUCCAACAUCAUUGACUACAAAGGAGACAUCUUUGUAGAAAAUACGCGGCUCCUGGUGUUUGAAAAACUGUACAUCACCCUGUGGGACUAUGUGGAGAAUUUACCACAGCCAAUGCCACUGGAACACGUCCGUACAGUUAUCCAGCAGCUGGCUGUAGCUUUGAAAACAACAAAGAGUGCUGGCAUCAUCCACACUGAUGUGAAGGAGGAUAACAUCAUGAUGGUGGAUCACGUGAAGCAGCCCUUCAGGGUCAAGCUGAUUGACUUUGGUUUGGCCAAGUACAAGUCCAAAGCCAGGGCAGGAAAGCUAUGCCAAGGACUUGCAUAUAGAGCUCCAGAAAUCUUCCUGGGCCGGCAGUAUUCAGAGGCCAUCGACGUUUGGUCGUUAGGCUGCGUGAUGGCCAGGAUGAUGACUCAAGAUAGUCUCUUUGGAUCAGACUCAGAAUACUGGACACUCCGACGCAUGAUCCAUCUGCUGGAUCUGCCGCCGCAAUAUCUCAUCGAUGCUGGCCGGAGAUCACGAUUAUUUUUUGAGAGAAUGCCAAAUGAUUGGUGGCGGCUGAAGACACCUAUGGAUUAUUUUGGGACCGAUCUCGUCCACUCCGACCCCACAGUUUACAAGUUUGACUCUCUGGAAGAAAUGAAAACGGUAGGUAGUUUAGGAAGCAGCAGCUAG